AUGAGCGGCGGAGCCCCGGGGAGCGGCGGCGGCGGCGGCGGCGGCGGCGGCGGCAGCGACAGCAUCUCGGGCCGGGCCCGGACUAGCUCGUUCGUGGAGCCGGGGCCGGCGGGGCCCGGGCCGGGGCCGGGCGGAAGCGGAGCAGGCCCCGGGGCCCCCGUCUCCAAGGCAGGCGGUCCGGGCUCGGCCCCGCCGGCCUCGGCGCCAGCCUCGGGUCCGGGCCCCGGCCCGGGUCCUGCUCCGGGCCCCGUUCCUGGUCCCGGCCCCGGCGGCUCGGGUACCGGCGGUGGCGGCGGCGUCGCGGGGGCCGUGAACGUGGCCUUGGCCUCGGGCUCUGGAGGAGGAGGAGGGGGUGGUUCGAGCUUCCCACCACCCGCCGUGAAACUGGGCCGUGACAGUGGCAAAGUGACCACGGUGAUGGCGACCUUGGGGCAGGGGCCCGAGCGCUCCCAGGAGGUGGCCUACACGGACAUCAAGGUGAUUGGCAAUGGCUCCUUUGGCGUCGUCUAUCAGGCCCGCCUGGCGGAGACAGGGGAACUGGUGGCCAUCAAGAAGGUGCUGCAGGACAAGAGGUUCAAGAAUCGGGAGCUGCAGAUCAUGAGGAAGCUGGACCAUUGCAACAUCGUACGGCUUCGCUAUUUCUUCUACUCCAGUGGGGAGAAGAAGGACGAGCUCUACCUGAAUCUGGUGCUGGACUUUGUGCCUGAGACCGUUUACCGGGUGGCACGGCAUUUCACCAAGGCCAAGCUGACCAUCCCGCCCAUCUAUGUCAAGGUGUACAUGUACCAGCUUUUUCGGAGCUUGGCCUACAUCCACUCACAGGGCGUGUGCCAUAGGGACAUCAAGCCCCAGAACCUCCUGGUGGACCCAGACACUGCUGUCCUCAAGCUCUGUGACUUUGGCAGUGCUAAGCAGCUGGUCCGGGGAGAGCCCAACGUCUCCUACAUCUGCUCAAGGUACUACCGGGCCCCCGAGCUCAUCUUCGGAGCCACUGACUACACUUCGUCCAUCGAUGUGUGGUCUGCUGGCUGCGUACUUGCUGAGCUCCUCCUUGGCCAGCCCAUCUUUCCUGGGGACAGUGGGGUGGACCAGCUGGUAGAAAUUAUCAAGGUGUUGGGGACGCCCACACGGGAGCAAAUCCGGGAGAUGAAUCCAAAUUACACUGAGUUUAAGUUCCCCCAGAUCAAGGCCCAUCCAUGGACAAAGGUCUUUAAGGCACGGACGCCGCCAGAGGCCAUCGCACUGUGCUCCCACCUGCUGGAGUACACCCCGGCCACGAGGCUGUCCCCCUUGGAGGCCUGCGCCCACAGCUUCUUCGAUGACCUGCGCAGCCCUGGGGCCCAGCUCCCCAAUAGCCGGCAGCUGCCCCCCCUCUUCAACUUUAGUCCGGGAGAACUCUCCAUCCAGCCGAAUCUCAAUGGUAUCCUCAUCCCUUCCCACCUGAGGAGCCCCGUGGCUUCUGCCUCAUCCUCACGUGGUGAGUUGGGGGACGACGAAAGACGACUCCGUUCAGCAGCAGACGAGGAAACCGAGGCAAGCAGAGGCUAAGCGACUUGCCCAGAGACGCACAGCUAGUAGGUGUCUUGUGGGGCAGGUAAGGCGUGCCUGGUUUGGCCUCAGAGAGCACAGCCAGACCCCUCACAGAGCUGCCCUGAGGUGAAGGGGGUUGGUUUCCCCUGGUGAGAAGUGUGACUGGGAUGGCCAGUCAGGAGUAGCGACUUCCCUCUCCCUCUGGCAGUGUUCGCCUCUGAUGUAGGAUUCGUGAUUUGGGUGUAGCUGGGCCCCGAUCACAGGCGUCAGGCGUAAGGACCCCAGUGCUCCUCGUGCAGCCAGAACUGGAUGAAGAUGUACUCGGGAAACACUUAACACAAUAAAUAAAAAUGUGCUAAGA